AUGGAGGACGAUCUUGCGGACAUGUGGAGAAAUUUUUCCCUUAUGGAGGAGGAGAAUGUGGGGGUAUCGGUGGGUAGCGAUGAAUUGGAACCCCUGGUGUCUAGGGGAGAAGCAUGCGUUGUGGUGAAAAUCCAGUCGGACAGGGUGAUUCCUAAAGACUUUUUUAAGACUCCUCUGCUUCGUGCAUGGAGACCAUCAGGUGCUGUUUCGUUCAGAGUUCUGGGGGAGAAUCUUUUCCUUGCUGAUUUUGAAAAUGUAUGGGAUAAGACCAGGAUAUUGGAGGGGCGUCCAUGGUUGCUUGAUGGGAAUCUCAUCUCGGUGGUAGAUUUCGAUGGCACAACCCCUCCAACUCAGAUAACUUUUGAUAAGGAGGCUUUCUGGAUUCGUAUGUACAAUCUCCCGUUGGCUUGCAUGGGGAAGGAAGUUGGCCAAAAGAUUGGUGCAUCUGUGGGUACGGUAGAUGAUAUCGAUAUUCUGGAUGAUGAAGUGGGGUGGGGGGAAUAUCUACGAGUCCGCAUAGUCCUGGAUAUUACAAAGCCCUUGGCUCGGGGAAGGAUGCUCCAUCUGGAAGAUAAAUCUAUAUGGAUUCCUUUCAAAUAUGAGAAGAUUCCCAAGUUCUGCUAUAGUUGCGGGGUGAUCAAGCAUUGCAAAACUGGAUGCAGGAACUUGGGAAAUAGGAGAAGUGGAGGAGAGGCUCCUUUUGGUUCCUGGCUCAAGGUAUCCUUGCCUGGACGCCGCAUGGGAGGAGCUGAGAGAUAUGGGAGACCAAAAGAACCCAGAGAAAGGGAGUGGAGACCAACAAAUGAGGGUUCCAGUUCCAUGGGUGACAGUAAUUCAGCUCUGAAAGGUGACGGGGUGCUAAAGGUUUAG